AUGGACCUCCAUGGUCUCGGCCGAUAUGAAGUGGAUUUCAAUGCACCUCACCUUUUCCGACGUUGCGCCACCUGCCCUCCUGAACCUCCACCAUGUCCAUCAUGUGCUUCGGACGAGGUCUGUUCUCUUUUCGCUGGAGGCUGCAAUUCAUGUGCUGUGACUAUGUGCACGAAAAUGGUAGCUCAGCCUACAUCAGCGCCAUCAAGCUCUGGGCCAGCUGCGGGUCCUAUAGCAGGAGGCGUCAUCGGAGGUGUCGCUGUUGUAUGCUUGAUGACUUUCCUGGUGUGGAGAUUCUGCAUCAAGAAUAGAAGGGUACGUUUUGUAGAAAACGACUGGCAAGACGAGGAAUCCACGGAGAAGAGUAGAGACGAAUUUGGCAUGCAAAGGGAUGCUCGUGCCUCAGUACAUUCAGUUCGCUCGAUAGCUUCGACCGUCCUUACCAGAGCUUCCAACGUCAUCCAAAUAGCCUACAUACCAGGAGUCACCAACCGAUCCGUUGAUUCCACACCAGACCUUGUCCCACCGGUACCACCAAUACCAGCCUUCUCUCCGGCAGGGACUCCACAGCCUCAUCAACAGGACCAACACUUCUUCAUGCCUAGCGACCUCCGCGACUCCACUUAUUCAGACUAUACAGUCGAUAGGACGUCUUACGCCAGAUCGAGCAUAGCCCCAAGCAUGCCUCGAGGUAGCUUCCAGUCGACGGCUUAUCGAGGUAGUGCUGUCGUCAACGCUAUACCUGCUCAAACGGCUAUCUGUGGUAAAGCAAAUCCUGUCGCUGUCAAGUCAAAUGGCAAGAAUAGCCCUGUUGAAUCGAGAUCCUCCACUCCGCCUCUUCCCAUAAUGGAUCGCAAGCGACACGAUCUUUUAAAGACGAACACCACUAGCCCGAUAGUCGCUCGACUGGGUGUUCCCAAAGCCGUGCACGUCACAAAAUCUCCGCAGAACAACAUUCCUGUUGCCGCAAACCCUAGUCCUGUUCCCAGUGACAGAUCGAAUAGGUCUCCGACCAAAUUAGAGCGGCACGCUUCAGUGGCAAGCUCUAGGCAUAAUCCUGACUCGUCAACCUUUGAUGAUGCCUCUAGCAGCGACGAAGACUCACCUGCAGACCAAAGUCUGAUGGGCCACGAAAAGCUACCUCAAUUCGCCAAGACCGCGUCGCCCUCAUCCAGAUCGAUAGAUCCUCCUGUUCGGUCUCCAUCAUCAGCACCUGACCUUAGACAUUCCCCAGCCAUCAUAUCAUCUUCCUCUUCACCAGACAGCCAAGCCCGCCAUUUCCUGAGCAAGGAGCAAAAGAAGAAACACAAACGAUCCGGAAGUCUGAAUCAGAUAAUCGAGGAGGCCACCAGGCGAGCCUCUAGAGAGCCCAGACAUGGCGGUCUGGGUAGUAUGGGAAACAUCAUGACCGCCUGGACCGGAAGAGAUGCUAGGGGGGAAGGUCCAUUCUCAGACGCGAACGCCGCGAGGACACCUUGA